AUUAGCAAAAUAAUAGCGGAUCUGUUCAUAAAUAAUGAUGAAAAGUAUUCGACAACAUGUUGCAAGAAAAGAAAUAUGACAGCGUCCAAAAUCAUUACUCAAAGGUCAGUUUCAACGAAUUCGCCGAAGAAUCUGAAGAUGACAAUCAUUAUAUAGAUCCAUUAUUAAUUUUAAAAAGAAAGAAAAUUCGAAACAAAUUGAGAACCAACAUUGGCCUAUCAAGAAUAAUAAGUAAAUAUGGCAAACUGAACAUCUUCCUCAAACAACUCUCUCACAAAAAUAUGUAUUAUAUGAGAGAUUUGGGCAACACGCUGCUCGGAAUCAGAUGGCGCUGGAUCAUCAUUACUCUAUUUUUAGUAAACAUGGGCAGUUUUCUCUUUUUCGGAACAUUAUGGUGGAUUAUUGCUCGUAAUAGUGGGGAUCUUGAACGAACGAAUGCAACAGAUCCUUGUGUAGUUAACACGAUAACAUUAACAGGCUAUUUUUUAUUGAGCGCCGAAACUAUAACAACCAUAGGAUACGGCUAUCGAUAUCCAACAGAACGUUGCCAGUUCGGAUGGUUCAUGCAAGCCAUACAAAUUUUAUUCGGUAUGGCCGUUCAAGGUACACUUGUUGGCAUAGUUUACGUGAAGAUUACGAAGCCUAUAACUACAAAAUCAUCUUCAUUGUUUAGUAAAAGAGCAGUUAUAUGUAUGAGGGAUGGCAAAUUACGAUUCGUGUUUAGAAUCCAUGAUUUCAACAAAAAAGUUUGGUGCGGAACGAACAUAUCUCUAUAUUUUCUAGAUAAAGAGAUGGUAUCACCCGAUUCAGAAUUCGAGAUGAUACAAAUGAAGAUAGAACCGUACGGCCUGCUCAUUUUCCCCCUAGAAAUCGAACACGUAAUCAACGAAAACAGCCCAUUAUGGACGUUUCGUCCCCUCGACAUUCUAAAUUCAAGAUUUGAAAUAAUAGCCGUGGCGGAAGGGAUCUCCAACAAAACUGGUCAAGUUUCGCAGAACAGAACGUCUUAUUCGAAUUCCGAUAUUCUUUGGGGUUAUCGAUUCAUGCCGUGCGUUGCUUACGAUGAAAUGAGAGAGGGAUUCGUUGUAGAUUAUAAAAAAUUUAAACAAGUGAUAGCUUUCGAUGCACCUCUAUGUAGUGCUAAAAAGCUCACAGAAACUUAUAAAAAAAUCAGCAAAACUGAUAAGCAGUAUUAAAAGGUUAGAGUGUUAUUGAUAAUUAUAUUAAAAAAACAAUUAAUAUUUAAUAUAUCUACUACUGGAAUAUAAUUAUGUUGGUAUUAGGUUAAAAGCAUUGAAUAUAAUAACUUAUAUAAAGAGCUUAUAUGGUUUUUAUAUUUGGUAACAAUAUUAAACAAAGGCAUACAAUUUUUGAAUCAUCCAUUUUACGGAGGAAAAGUUUUGGUUUGUUCCAGCAAACUAUAACUAGUUCAUGCGCGAUAUGACAAUCAACGAGUUGUCAAAAUAAGAUGAUGCCCAUUUGAAAACCGCUGCCGAGGGGUAAACAAAUGAUUUUGCCAUAAGCUUCUGUGUGCAGAUUUAUCUGCUAUGUAAAGUUGUUUGUCGGCUUUUAGACAUCAUUAUUCCCAGUUUUACUGGGAAAGGCCUCCUUAAAGGGUAGCUAGUUGAAGAAGUGUGAAAUUCUCUCAUGGAAACGUGGAUUUGUUGGUUUUUUUUCAACAAUGCAGUAAUGUACUUAGUGUAGGAUUUAUUGAAAAUAUAAUACAUAUCUUUAGUAAAAGAUUAUAUAGUAAAUAGUAAUAAGUAAAAUAUUUAAUUUGAUGUUGGGUUUUAUCGAUUUUUUGAAGUGUUUUAUUUUUCGGUUUACAAAUGUAAUUCUAAAAUAAAUACGCAGUCUGAUAUGAAGUCUAAAAAAUAAUUAAUAGGAAACUCUCCACAAGGAUGCAUAAAAGACACAUUUUCAUGUAACUUUUCAAGUUUUGCUAAUUAGAAUUUUGUUAAUUAGAAUAUGCUUUAUGCUCUAAAAAAAUAGCAGCUUUUUUUUAAUGUAUUUAUAUUAUACAGGUAGUACAAGAGUAUUGCAGAAUAGAUUUCUAUAGUCGUAAAAACUUCUAAAUUACAAGUUACCAUUGCUAUAUCGAUAUUUUUAUAUUUUUUAGAAUAUCAGGAAUUAUAUAGAAUAAAAGUGUAUGCAAUUAGCAUCUUCAACCUCAUUAAAAUAUUUCAAAGUAAAGAAUUUUUUGAAGGCCCCACAAAAUUGGAUUUCUCAAAUUUCCACAACACAAAAAGUCUCUAGGCAAUCCUGAUUUAGGUUUCUUGUUAAAAGAAAUGAAUAUUUUCUGCAUUUUAGGGUUUCCCAAAAAAGUAAAACAGAACUUAUCGUUAUUUUCCAACCACUUAUAAAAUCCGUAGUAUAAUAUAUAUACAUUUUCCUACGUAUGCCAAUGUUCCAUCGUUCUGUUUUAUCUCCAUUAAUUUAAUUACCUCCAAGUCAUUCAACAAACAUCUUAUUUCUUAAAAAAAUUGCAAUUGCCCAUAAAUGUGUUAAAGUUGAUGAGGUUAAGAAUUUAACAAAUCAAAUAAAACAUUGAUUGUUUGUAUAAAUUUGCAGCGAGCAUUGCUUCUGGAGGUAAAACCUUGUAAUCUAUGAAAGUAUAUAGGGUAACUGCAAGAGAACGACUGAAAACUUGCGAUGGAUUUUUACUUUCAUUUUUUUGGAAGCUACUUGGGAAUAUACUGUUACGAGUUCGUCCACGACAUAGGCCGUGAAGCCUAUCCUAUCCGGCUAUAAUGGAAUUCUAAAAUUUGGUGAAUUAGCGUUUUUAUUACAGCGACGAUUUGCUUAUAUUGUUUUUUUAAGCUAAUUUCUAGUAAGUUUUCGUAUUCAUUUGAUUGUGUGUGUAUUUUAUAUAAUUUUGAGAAAUUUGUUUUGUGUAUUAAGGAGUUUGCUUAGCCGAGUUAGUUAGUUAAUUAAAUAGAAGUCGUAAUGAACGGAGCGAUAUAGAAAAGUAGCCGGUGAAGUUAAAUAAAUUAUAAAGUUAAUUAAAUAUUAGUAAUAAAUUAAUUAUUAUAUAAGUUAGUUGAGUCUAGUGUCAGUGCUUAAAUAAUUUAAGUACGUAACAGAAUGUUUAAUAAAUACGAAAAACAUUACAAUAAGCUUGUUCGUAAGUUUAGGUCAAAGUCUACUAGCUUUUUCCUCAACGUCAUCAUAAAAAAUAUCUUUAUAAAAUUUUUUCAAAAACCCUUCAAUAAACGAAGAUUAUAACAAUAAAAAUUGUUUUUUGUAGAUUUCAAAAGAUAAGGCACACCAUAAAUGCAAAAGUUUGAUAUUAUCUACCCAAAAAGUAGGGUAUUAUGGUGUUAAUUUGAGAAGUUUGUUACUCAAUUUUCUAAAAUUAAAUCCUUAAUCUGAGAUUACACCGAUAACCUUAAAACCUAAUCGAUUUAGUUUUCUAACACUCAAAUAAUACAAAUUUUAUUCAGCGAAAUACAACUCGCACACUCUUAAUUUAUAACUAAAUUGUUCAGGAGUCAUAUAGGCAUAAAUAUGACUGUUUACAAAUCC